AUGUCUGCACCCUCAUUCUCGUCGUUUCCACCUGCAUUCUCGUCAUUCCCGGAUCUAGAGUCUGGGCCCAGUGCGAGCUCUUCACAUUCUAGGGAGGGCCCAAAGCAGAGGGAGAAAAGUAAGAAGGACAGAAGCGAGAGGGAGAGGGAAAGGCGAAAACGUGAAAAACAUAAGCACAACCGAGUCGAGGUUGGUACUAAACAGAAAGACAGUGGUUGGACCAGCGAACGUGUGCAAGAAGACGAGCGCUACAAAGCAGAGGAGGACAGAAGACAGAGAGAUGACGAAGGCCAGUCAAGUUCACUUCCUCUAUACUUUUCGGAUCGCAAGGGAGAUGCUCUCAACGUACAAUACGGUGGCUUGCAUGCAGGAGAUAUUCCAAAGUAUCACUUGGUAAACCGCGGUAGAAAGAUUCUCGGACUCGAUAAUGCAUGGACCGUGGUUCAUAGAAGUGGUAAGGGUGUAGAAAUCACUGUUGGGAACAGAAGAAGACUCCCUACUCUGACGGAUUCGAGCUCCAGAGCCCUUUUGGCAGCUCCUCCAAAGCGAAGGCUAUAUGCUACGGCCAACGCUCGCAAAUACGAGGAAAUUGACGGCUUCUUGCGUCUACCCUCCGGUCGUGGUCGACAAAGUGAUCAAGCUUACCGAUCUAUCGCUGCCGCGAAGGACGGAGACUCGGACUCUCAGUCAUCUGCUUCCGAGUCAGAAGCCUAUGACAGCUCAGACGACGAUUCGGGUCCUCAGUUUAGUUCACAUGAGCUACGACUGAAAGACCUGGAGGGUCAGCUUUCUUCCGACUCAUCUUUUACGAACACUUGGCUCUCUUUACUCGCGCAUUCACUAUCAGCCAUUCCAGUGACAUCAAAAAAUGCAACCAAAGCUCGCUCUGAGAUAACACUUUCUAUCCUAUCCCGCGCCUUAUCUGCUCACCCACACAACGCUUCUUCCAAAGUCUUGCGUCUCAAGUAUCUAAAAGCUGGUGAGGAAGUGUGGCACGAAAGCAAACUAAAGGCUGAGUGGGAGAGCGCCUUGAAAAUAGGUGGGAUAGAGGUUUGGAUGGAGUGGCUAGGAUGGAAGAUUCGUAAAGCACUUGGAGGAAUCGAUGAUGUUGUAGAAGACGCAACGCGUGCUUACAAGGCUUUUGGUGACCGCGAAGAGGAUGAGAUUUCAAAGUUAAGGUUGUUAUGGCGAGUUGCUGUGGCUUUUGAACAAGCAGGAUUCCAUGAACGUGCAACUGCACUUUUCCAAGCUCAAGCUGAAUUGACUUUUCAGGCGCCAAAAUCACUUUUAGGGCAGUCAUUUCAAGCUAGAGUUGAUGCUCUUGAAGAAUUUUGGGAAUCUGAAACACCGCGCGCGGGCGAACCUGAUGCGAACGGUUGGGCUACUUGGGCGGUAGACCGUUCGGAGGAUGCCCUAGGCACCAAGAUAUCCACCAACCACAGCGCUUCAAUGCAAGUGGACUCUCAGAUGACCGAGCCAUACCAGGAAUGGUAUCAAACAGAAUCGACUUCUGACAAAACGAUGCGGCUGCCAGCUCGAUCGACCGACGAAAGAAGCGAAAUGGACCCGUAUGCCACUGUAUUGCUGUCCGAUAUUCGACCGCUGUUACUUCCGUUGAACUUCGCACGUUCUCUGAAUGUAUUUCGCCUCAUAUGGCUUUCAUUCCUCGGGCUUCAUAUACCUGGUUUCGUUGAUUCAUUGUCCGUUGGCUCGUGGGACGACCGGUGGUGUUUUACGCAUCUAACGGCACCGCAUAGCCUGUCGUCGAUAUUUCCGUCCAACGAAACGAAGGGGUGGCUGAUCGCCGACUCCCAUGCUGGUGUAUUGAUUGGGCGGGAGAAAGAGUACUCGAGCGCCUUUGGACCUGUCAAAGAGUGGCGUUUGGGCAUACUUGGACCUCUCGACUGGGUGGGCAAGGAACGCUGGCGUAUGUUCAUGGCACAUGAUAUCCAGAAUGUUGAUUGCGAAUUUGUGCGCGCAAUAUUCAAGCAACUGAGGUCUGGACUGGAUGAUUAUGAUUGGGAUGUAUAUGCGUUGGCGUUCGAGGCCGCCCUAAACCCGAAGGAUGCUACGAAGCUUUCGCGCUCAUUUUUAUCAACUGCCAGAGACUCGCUCCCUCACUGGGCCGCCCAUGCACGUCUAGAACGGUUACGUGGGCGUAUCAAUGAUGCGCGAAAGGUUUAUCAGACAGUGCUUACUGCCUCCCCUCUUAAUCAAACCAAUGCUUUUGUUGGCCAACUUUGGUGGGAUUGGACUGAGAUGGAAUGGGUUGACGGAGAUGAGAACGCUGCACUGCAAAUAAUCUCACGAUCGAUUGGUCUGCAAGGCUCUAAUCAUGUAACAAUCCUGCGGGCGAAGCGCAACCUCGAUGACGCAGCAAAGGCAAAUUUCAGCCGGUGGGAAGACCAAGAAGCUUGGGUCAAACUCAGAGCCACGAUUGAAGUAUUAACAUCAUCGCCUGCAGCUGCACUCGCGAUAUUCGAUUCGUACCCUUAUGGAGCGUCUGGCAGUGCCGGGGAGGAGGAUAAGAUCCGUGAAAGCCUAAUGACGGCCUCACUGACUAUGAUUUACAACCACACUGUAAUCCUACGGAGACCAUGUCCACCAUCUUUGUUAAGAGAGCGGCUCCAGAUUGCGGUCGAGGCCUUUCCUAACAAUACGAUCAUGUUGGGUAUGUUCUUGGAAAUGGAGAAAGGUCAGGGUGUGUGGGGUCGAGUCAGGAGUCUGCUUGGGCAAAAUACAGUUGAUGGGGGUAUGUGUGAGAAAGGUGUUGCGAGGAGAGCUGCGGAGGUGUGGAUUGCGGGGUGGGAAAAGGGGCGGUGGGAGGGCGAGAUUGAGAGGACUAGGAGUGGAUUGGCUGCUGCUGCUGAGAGUGAAAGGACCAGAGCUAGUCCUGUCAUCUGGCGUAUCAUUUUAGAGCUGGAGAUCCGAGCAGGUCAACUGCAGAGAGCGAAGAGUAUGCUGUAUAGGGCAAUUGGGGAAUGCCCACUAUCGAAAGAGCUAUAUCUACUUGCGUUUGGACCGUUGCGUUCUGUGUUCGCUCCUCAUGAGCUUAAUGGCUUUGGUGAUACAAUGGCAGAGAGGGGGGUAAGGAUGAGAGUGGGCCUCGACGAAUUUUUAGAAGGCCAAGAAGUGAUGAGUAGGGGGAGAGAGGAGGAUGAUAGUGACGCCGCCGAUGCCGAUGAAAUUGAAGAAGAAGCUCGGGAGAGAAGGCGACUGAUGCCAUACUAGUUGUAACUAUUAAAUGUUCAUUGAAGGAAAUUGACAAUGCUAGCUAGUAUUGGUGUAAUGGGUUUACAUUGUAUCCGAGCGCUGUCCAUUGUUGA